AUGAGUUCAGAUAAUAACCCGUGGACUGAAGUUAAUAAUAGUUCGACAACACCAAAUGGAUCACCACAGAAAUCGAUAUUAUCAACAAGUUCAUCUUCAAUUACUCCAUUAAGUAAAAAAAGAAAUAGUUUUAAUAAAACUUCAACUUCAGAUUCAACAACUUCAGAUUUAAGACCUUUAAGAUUACCAAAACAAAGUCAAUUAACGAGAAUUAAUUCAACAACAAACUCAGAAUCAACCACUACUCCAACUACAAGUACUUUUGAUAGAAGAUCAAGUGCACCAUCCAUACAUCAAAAAUCAGUUGAAGAUUUUCAAUGUCGACCCAUAAGAUUAGGAUCAAGAACAAACACAACAAUAAUGAGUCCAAGUGAAGUAGAAAAACGAAAAUCCAUAACUUCAAGUAAUACUUCAUCACCCUCACAGAGAAAUUCAUUUUCUUCAACUUCUUCAAAUAAACGAAAAUCAAUUCAAAUUAAAAAUUUACCAAUUCUACUACCGACUGAAACAAAGAACAUAGAUAAAAAUGUUGAUGAUGAUAUGAUAUUUGCAAUAUGUUUAGUUGAUUUUCAUCAUCAAAGAGGUCCUGAAAUACAAUGGUGGAAAUCAAACUAUCAUCCAGAAUAUUCUCCAGAUUUAUUUAAAAAUAUUUCAUUUCAAGCAUUACCUGAUGGUUCCCAUUUAUUUGAAGAAACAUAUUCAAAUUUUAAUCUAGUUUAUGAUUUUGAUCAAAAGAAAUCAAUCGAUAAUCUUGUUGAUAUGAAUGAUUUUAAAGGAGAUCCAAGACAUCUAAAAACCUUAUUUGGUUGUAGUUGUGUUCGACAAGUUAAAACAAGUUUGUUAAGUGAAGAAGAAAAACAAAAUAAGAAUAUAACUAGAUCAAUUGUGCAAAAGGCUAUUGUUGUAAUAUGUAGAUCACAACCAAUAUUUACGAAAAUAAAAGAAAAAUUAUCAAUUAUAACUCAAAGUUAUUUUCAACAAGAAACAUUUGGCAAUUUUGAAGUUUUGGAACAUUUAUUUGAAAAUUUAAAUCAACAAUUUAAACUCGUAAAUAGUCAAUUGAUAACUGAAGAAGAGGAAAAUUAUGUAAAUUUAAAUUUAGUCAAUUCUAUCCUAAAAUUUAGAACAAAUUUCAUGAUUAUAUUCAAGAGUUUAUUAUUAGAAAAGAAAAUAAUGAUAUAUUCAAAUAAUAAUCUAGAAAUGUUGACACAAUUUCAAAAUAAUUUAAUUUCAUUAAUUCCUAACCUUAUUAAUAAUCUUGAUGAUUCCGGAUGUCCCCUUAUUGAUUAUAUGGAAACAAAUGGACCAUUAACUAAACCUCAAUCUUUAAAUACAACUGAUAGAUUAUCAAUGCUUCGAUUUUUUGGACUACCUUUACAAAUUUUCAAUACAAAAAAUUCAUUUUGGAAUCCUUAUUUACCAUUACAACAAUUAGAUGAAUUAAAAGUAGAUAGUUUUAUGAUUGGUUGUUCUAAUUUAUUAUUUGUAAAUCAAGCAUCAGGAAAAGGGAUAGAUUUAGUGAUUAAUUUAGAUUCGAAUGAAAUUACAUAUCCAAAAAGUGGACAAUAUGUACCUGAUGAAUUAAUAUUGAGUAAUCUAGAUAAAAGAUUUAUAAAUUUUCUAAUUGGUGUUAUUGAAUCAACAGUUCCGAAAGAUGAUUUUGUAGGAUCAGAUGAUUACAUAAGGUACAAAUUUGAAGACUAUUUAAAUUCAUUAAUUUCUUCAACGAGAUAUAUCCAAUAUAAGGAAAGAUUCAAUCAAUUACCACCUGGAUUUAAUAUCGAACCAACAAUACAAGAUUUUAGAAUUGAAUUUAUUAAUAAUUGGAAACAAACUCAAAAUUUUAAAAUUUGGAAUUUAAUGUCUGAUGAAUUUAUAUUUAAUUUCAUUGAUCCAAAACAUGUAGCUACUAAUUAUGAAGUUAAUAAUAAUUCGAUAAAUAAAAAUAUAUCAAAUUGGUUUAAUAAUAAUUUCAAAUUUAAUAAAUCAUCAUCACAGCAACAACCUGAUGGCAAAGCUCAUAAAUUUAUAGAUGACGACGAAGAAGAUGCUGAAGAUGAUACUAUUGAUGAAUUAGUAGCUGGUUUUGAAAAAGUAGGUGGUGGAAAUACACCUCAUGAUUCUUCAAGUAUUGCGUCUCCGACUACUUCAAAUACAAUGAGUAGUCCUAUUACAAAUAAUUCAAAUAUGACAACAACAUCACAAUCACCAUCAAAUAAGAAAUGGAAUUGGGGUUUCAAAUAG